AUGAGGCUGUCAAUAUCGUGUGAUGCUUGUCGACAAGCAAAGGUCAAGUGUGUCCACGAAGGGCAACCGCCUUGCCAGCGGUGCUCAAAGAAUAAAACCAAGGAUUGCAAUUUGACAGAUCCCCGUGCCUCGAAAUCCAAAGCACGAAAGAGCUCAAGCACAAGUCGGACUCCCAAGAAGCGAAAAACGUCAUCCGAUGUAUCGCCGGGACCGGAAAAUGUGCGACGCAUCCCUGAGAUUCCCGACCAGUACUCUGAGGAUCCCAUCACGGCCUUAUCUCCGGCAAUUGUGGUGAAUGCUGUCGAAACAUACAGGAAGAAGUUUCCUAUCACUAACUUCCUUCAUUAUCCCACGUUGAUCUCUGACAUAUCGUCUGAUGUGCAUUCCGUGGAUUCGGUUUUUGUCGCUUCGCUUCUAUCUCUUUGCGUGCGGUUCAUGACCAGCGAGGAACUUGAGGCAGAGGAUCUAUAUGCCGACUAUGCACGGAAGCAUCUCGCUCAUCGUGUACUUGAGGCGCCAUCGCUUUAUCUCGCCCAGUCACUUGUGAUGAUCUCAUUUUAUGAAUGGGGGACCGGGCGGCCCUAUCAGGCAUGGAUGUAUAGCGGAAUGGCAACUUACAUGAUACAGUCUCUGUUAAAGAUGUCAGAUGACAGCAUGGAACACAAUCCUCAAGAUUUCCAUGCCUCACAAACGCAAUAUGAGCAGUUGGUUCGGACUUAUUGGUGUUGCUUUGCACAAGACUGUGAGCUAAGCUCUGGGGCUCGUCAGCAUUUCGCGCUUUCAUUUUCUCAGAUCUCGGUUCCUCUCCCGAUCAGCGAUCGAGAUUUUACUUUCAACCAUACACCAACUCACAGGUUGAUGCCUGCUGAUAUGAAUAAGAGCUGUCUACUCGCAAAGGAUCUCACCAUCGAGCAUGGCCUGACGAUCGUCACCCGUGGGUUCGACAUAUUCAUUCGUAUUCUACGAUUUGCAAAUGAACAUCGAAGAUCGUUGGCUUCUUUGUCGUCGAAUGGCUCUGUGACACCGCCACUUUUACUGACCUGGCAAAAGCUCAAAGAAGAACUAGACGAGUGGAGAUCGCUUCAAGAUAUCACUGUUCAUUACCCGGCGACCAGUGUUCAAACUCACGUUGCUCUGGGGUAUGGGGAACUGUUCGCAUACAUCAAUCUGGUCUAUUGCAUGAGCAUUCUCUUCCUACACCGCGACCGCUUCUUAUCCAACCUCAAGCCUCACUCAGACGUCUUCCACGACAUGAACGACACCCAAAGCGAACCACACACAAUCGAACAACUAUUCAAAGCAGCCCAACAAAUAGGAAGCAUCCUAGCCGCCCUAGACGCCUCAGGCGCCCCAGUCAUAUCACCCUACUCAGGCUUCAGCGUCUUCGUCGCAGCACACAUCAACAUGUACGGAACAAUCGCACCACACCGAUACCCCGGCGGCCUCGAGCGAGCCGAAGAAGAAAAACUCCGAAACCUCGCCUAUCUAGAACGACUAAGCAAACUAUGGCCCGUCGGUCGCAGCUGGUGGCGAACAGUCCAAGACGCAAACCGAUUCUACGAAACGGUCAAAAGCACACAGACCACAGCAGAGAUACAUAGCCCGCAGGGCUUUGCAUUGGCCGGAACCCUGGAUGAAUACGGCGAUAUCCGUUCUCGGCCCAGUGCGCAUGCGAGAGCUGCAACUGCCGAGUCGCGGGAUACGGCAAACUCCCGAUCUGGGAGUCCCCCUGGGCUAGAGGGGAAUUUUGUACCUAGGGAUGGUGGGGGUCAUGAGGUUGAGACUGAUAUGUUUCAGUGGCCGUUCAUUGAUGGGUCGUGGUCUCUUGGGUUUGAUUCGGGGUUGGAUGGGUUGUGGUCGAAUUCGGGGUUGUUUGAUCCUAAUCCGGCUCUUAGGUGA